CGCCUUGCACGAAGAAACAGUGUGUUGCGAAAACGCUUCGAUGGCGUCGUCGUCAUCGUCAAGGUCGCUGGUUUCUUCAUAUACCUUCGACGAUAAAGACCUAGAAGACGCUGAUUUAUGGGCGGUGAUUGAUUCCGCCGCCGCCGCAGCUACUACCGCCGGCAAAUCUCCGAAACCCUUAGCUAUUAGGUAUCCAAAUUACAAUUCUCCUCCGACGCCUGUUUCGUAUCCUUCUCCUCAGUCGAAGAUUCUUCAGAUCCCGAAUCGUGACCUUAAUCUUGGCCGGCGGUUGAAUGAGGAGUCUCCGCGUCCGAACAAAUUGGUCAGAUCUCGCGUCUUCUCGGCGGAGGUGAAGAGUGAGACUCCGAUGGCUCUUGUUACGACGGCGAACCGCAAUUCAACCCCGAGUAUCAUCAAUUCGACGAGGUUUACUUCGCCGGAGAGUUACUUGUCGCCUGGGAUUAGGCAGACUACGCCCUUUUCGGAGGUUUCUUCUCCGUCAGCGAGCUGCAUUAAGAACGAUCCGGUUAAUGAGAUG